CGGGAUCCAUCGGGAUCCAUCGGGAUCCGCGGGGUCAGCGGGGUCAGCGGCUCCGGCCAUGCCGCGCGCGUUCCUGGUCAAGAAGCCCGUGGUGGCCACGGCCAAGCGCAACUGGAGCGAGCUCCCGGACGAGCAGCGCGCCGAGAUCUACGUGCCCAUCUGCCUGGGGGGGUGUCCCCUGCGCAGGGACCCCGAGCCGGCCCUGGCCGAAGCCCCCGCGUCCCCCGUGUCCCCCCUGGACAUGACGCUGCCCCCCCGCGCCCCCCCCGGCCCCUUCCUGCACCCCAAGGGCAAGGUCCCGUCCGGCCCCCUGGGCGCUCCCCUCCCCCCGGGGCUGCCCCUGCCCGGGGGGGUCCCCGUGGGGGUCCCGGUGCCCGGGGGGGUCCCGGGGGGCUCCGAGCUCUUCUCGUGCCCCGUGUGCCAGAAGAGUUUCGGCUUCCAGCGGAUGCUGAACCGGCACCUCAAGUGCCACAGCGAGGUGAAGCGGCACCGGUGCCCGUACUGCGGCAAGGGCUUCAACGACACCUUCGACCUGAAACGCCACGUGCGCACCCACACCGGAGUGCGGCCCUACAAGUGCUCUCUGUGUGACAAGGCGUUCACGCAGCGCUGCUCGCUCGAGUCGCACCUGCGCAAGAUCCACGGCGUGGCGCAGCGCUACGGCUACAAGGAGCGCCGGGCCAAGCUCUACGUGUGCGAGGAGUGCGGCGGCACCGCCGACAGCCAGGACGCGCACCUGGCGCACCUGCGGCAGCGCCACCCGCACAGUCCCCUGCUGGCCAAGCUGGCCCGAAAGGCCGCGGCCACGCCCGCGCCACGCCCGGCCCCGCCCCGCGCGGCCCCGCCCCCCUAG